CCAACGGGGAACUACAAGUCCCAGGAUGCCCGGCGGCGGCGGGGGGGCGGGUGAGCGUCUCUGGGCUGCCCCCACUCCCCGCGUGGUGCGGGGGUGGGAGACGGAAACGGCGCCGCGGAGUCGGAAGGGGGAAUGAGGCGGUGGACGUUGGGACACCAUGAUGGAUAACCGCUUUGCUACAGCUCUAGUAAUUGCCUGCGUGCUCUGCCUCAUUUCCACCAUUUAUAUGGCAGCCUCAAUCGGUACAGAUUUCUGGUAUGAGUACCAUAGCCCAGUCGGAAAUGCCAGCGAACUUGGCAGGAGUAUUUUGGAGGAAUUCGUCAGUAUGGACGCAGAUGAGAAGACUUAUACAGAUGCACUGUUCCGGUGCAAUGGCACAGUUGGAUUGUGGCGGAGAUGUAUCACUGUUCCCAAAAACUCUCACUGGUACAGCCCACCAGAAACUGAUAUGGUCAGAAGCUGCAUCAGUUUUUCCCUCUCUGAUCAAUUUGCGGAGAAGUACAUGGAGCCUGGGAACCACAAUAGUGGUAGUGACCUGAACCGGACCUAUCUUUGGCGUUUGCAGUUCCUCCUGCCAUUCGUCAGCCUAGGGCUAAUGUGCUUUGGGGCUUUGAUUGGCCUUUGUGCUUGUGCCUGUCGAAGCCUCUACCCUGCCAUUGCCAUAGGAGUCCUACAUUUCCUUGCAGGUCUGUGUACGCUGGGCUCAGUCAGCUGCUACGUAGCUGGAAUUGAGCUGCUCCACAAGAAACUGCACCCACCUGAUGAUGUGCAGGGUGAAUUUGGCUGGUCCUUCUGCCUGGCUUGUGUAUCUGCUCCUUUACAGUUUAUGGCAGCUGCUCUCUUCAUCUGGGCAGCCCGCACCAACAGGAAGGAAUUCACGCUCUUGAAAGCGUACCGUGUAGCAUAAAUAGGACACUUCAUUCAUGGCCAGUUGCUGCUUCACAGUAUUUUGUUUCAAUAUUAUAGGCCUUUUCCCAUUUGUACCCCAUCCUUCUUUUGGUCAGGUAUCUGCUCUAUGCACUGCAUGCUUCUUGCCAGUUGAGUUUCAGUGGUCUGCAGGUUUUGAAAACAAAGGUCUCUGGGCCAAACUUGAACAGCUUUCUCUUGCCAGAAGUCUGCAGAAUUUUAACAGACUUUUAUUAUAUAAUUAAAAAAAAAACAAAAAACUUGUUUGUGGAAAUAGUCUUAAGAGCUCAUCCCCCUUUUUAAUUAUAUUACCCUAACUGGACACUUACAUCUAAAUCUGAUCUGAAAAAACAGGAGAGGCAUUGUGGGGCAGAGGAGGAAUAGGGGAAGAAAAAAGGGAGACGCAGGAGAAGAAUGAGAGAACUGCAGAGUGUGAAUAAUAGAGAAUUGGGCACUACAUGUUAUGAGAUCCCAGCAGGUGAUGCACCCUAAGAACACCAAGCAGACAUGGAUGUGCAGAAUUGUGUGUAGAAAUGUUAUAGCUACAUCUAUGUUGUUACCUAGUUUGUUUCUUUCUCUUACUCUCAUUAGUUUCUCCUCUCAGCCUCUUUUGACCAGGCUGAUGUAAUUGGGGCAGUCAGCUGUAGCUUUUGUGCCUGCUGUAAAAUAGGGCCCUUCCUUACUGUGUUGAAGAGACAGGCCUCAUGCAAGGUUUGGAUUUAAUUUGGUUAACGUGUUUGUGUGUGUGUGUAUAUAUAUAAAUAAAUCUUAACUUUUUUUUUUUUAAGCUUGCUUAUUUAUCAGUGUAGCACACAACAGGUUUUUUUAAAAUGUGCUGCUUGUUUCCCACCUUGCCCCACACCUGUUUAAAACACAAAAUUGUUUGAGCUUUUUCUCUGGUUUAUUUAUCAGAGUUGUUGUGAAUUUGAUUGAAAAAGGAAAUGGCCUGAGCCAGAUUAAUACAAUCUUGUCUGGUCACUGUUGUUCAUAGUGCUCAAGUAUAGGAGAGAGAUGACCAGUUUUUAUACAAAGCCUUUUUCUCUUUGAGGAAAGAGAGGAGUUUGGUGGGGUUUUUUUUAAAAUCACUUAAUUUUAAGGGUGCAUGUUCAUCUUCACAUCUUUGAGUAAGAGGUGGAAAAACCUUAGUUCCCAGUUAGCUCGUCCUGUAUAGAAAUCUGCCCUUCAGCUGCUCAGAGUCCGUCCAGCCUUUGUUGUACGGCUUGGAGGAAAACAAGCCCAACAUUCAGAGAGCAAAUAAUUCUGUUCCCAGUUGGUUAACAAGUUUUAACCCCCCUUCCUUGCUUGCUGCUGGUUUGAUAAAAGAAACAUCUGAUUGAAUAUAAAUUGAGUUGUAACAACUUUCUGAACAAGAGUACCCAUCAGGAUUGCAUUUGCCGAUUCAGCAAACCACACCGAACCUGAUUCUCCUCUCUCACCUGUGUAAAUCUACAGUAAUUCCAUUUCAAUAGAGUUGCUUUGGAUUUACACUGGUGCAUCUGAUAACAGCAGAAUUUAGCUCCUGUCCCUUUGUUGGGCAGACAGAAUCUAUUACUCUGAUAGCAACUGUCAAAUUAUGAAGGGAUGACGUUAUUUUGUGUUCAUUAGAAGAAAGCACUUCAGCAGAAGAAAGUGUAGUAUUUAAACGUGCUUACACUGAUACAUCCUGCUGCUUAAAACUGGCAUGUGCUGAGUAGCAGUGUGUGUCAGCUAAACAUUGCAGUGCCUCUCCACCCUUUUGGAAUUAAUCAUUUGAAAGAUUUUACACAAUUGUCUCUACUCAAACCAAAUUACUGU